ACAAAAAGAGCUUCGACGGCGACGCGCACAAAAACGAAAGGUCCUUUUCGUGAAAGGAAGAUAGCUUAAUGCCAACCAGUUGUCAAACUAUCUGAGGUAGGGAAAACUAACAUCACUUAAACUUACCUUAAUUCAAUUUAUACCGAUAAAUUAUCACAAUCGAUCCUGCAUUCGAGCAGCCGAAGCUUCCCUGGCUUUUACCGAGCAAGGAAUGAAAAGAUACGAACAGGUCAUGUCUCUAUUUUUUUAAAAUAUAUCUAUAUAUAUAUAAUGAAAGCCUUCAACUUACACCGGUGAAUCUCAUCAUUUUCAUGGCAUCAUCAUUUCCGCUCAAAACUCUUGCAGUUUUAAAGCAAAAGCGGAAGUAUUGCUACAUUGUUGAUUAAAAUACUUGCAAGAUUCUGCAAAUCUCGAGCCACUCAAUAUUUGCCUAGCAAGAAUACUUAGAAACCAUUUAAAUUGUUGGUUUUGUAGUACAGUAUUCAUAUUCGUUUUUUGGAGUAAGUGGUUUGACUUCAAUCCAUCACAGACGGUUUCUGUAAAAGACGAACAAUUUAUGCUCAAGGGGUGCUUAAAAUUAGUUUAUUAUAUAAGGGGUUUUCCCCGGCUCCUACUCAACGUUUGUCUCCGCUCUGUAUCGCUCUUUGACGACUUGUAACGCCUCGUAAUCUCAUUAUUUUGAUGGUAUCAUCUUUUCGGCUCAAAACUCUUGCAGUUUUAAAGCGAAAGCGGAAGUAGUGCUACAUUGCAAUACAAAUUGCAAGAGUCUGCAAAUCUCAAGCCACUCGAUAUUUGCUGAGCAAGAAUAUUUAGAAACCAUUUAAAUUGUUGGUUUUGCAGUAAAGUAUUUAUAGUGGGUUUUGAAGUAAGUAGUUUAACUUCAAUCCUUCACAGACGGUUUCUCUAUAGGAGGAACAAUUUAUGCUCAAGGGGUCCAUAAUUACUUUAAGGGGCUUUCCCCGGCUCCUACUGAAAGUUUCUCUCCCCUCUCGUUCUGUGACGACUUGUAACGCCUCGAAAUUAUGAAAUCAAAGAACGGUGAAUCUGACUCAUUCUUGUGGUGGCUAUUACAGAACAAAUAUUAUUUACUUUGAAUUUUUUUGGGUCUGGGUGCAUUUACAAUGUAGAUGGUUUAAAAAAGCAAUAUAAUCGUGUUUCUUACGCAGUCAUUUUUUAAAAUAAAUAUUAUUCCAUUGGAGAGGUAAUACUGUCAGACAAACAUGACCCAGAAUCUGACAAAGUGCUAAUUAUGAGUCACAUAACAAAGGAAUCGUUGUGUGCGACAUCAUAAAUUCCCGAAAGCAAGAUUAUUUGAAGGUUCAACGUUGGUGAACGUAUCUUUAAUAUAAGCUAAUAUAUGCUAUUGUAAAUGCUGGAAAAAGCGAAAAAGAAAGGAGAAAAGCUAUGAAACGUUUAUUUAGCAAGGGUAUUUUUAAUAUUAAUUAGAAAGCCUUUGAUACAGUAAAUCAUCAAUAACACGAAUAACAAGUAAAAAAAUACAAAUCAUCCUUGUAAAUUUAAUACAUAACCUGUUGCUUCCUGAUCCAUAAGCCAGUAAGAUCUAAACUUAUUCUUUUUGGACUUCAAAAAAGCAAAAAGAGCAGGUUUAGUUGUUACUGGCUUAUAUGGUUCAGGAAGCAACAGGUUAUGUAUUAAAUGGUUUUGCUCCAGAGUCAUAUUCCAUCUCGGCCAGUGUACUUCAAGGAGCGACAUUAGGAACUUUGCUAUUCAUUAUUAUGAUUUACAAGCCAGGAUGAUUUAUAUUUUUUACUUGUUAUUCUACUAGAUUAAAUACAGGAAAUGCAUCUUAGACACCUUUUGGAAAUGUUCUAGACAGUCUAAAAUGUUAAAUUAAUACUGAAUCAUUUGCCACGAAUGGCUGGGUUCGUCAAAAAAGAAUCACAGUUUCUAUAUCCAACAUUUACUGAGCAGGUAUAUUUUUAAUAAAUUAAGAGGACUAUUAUGCUCAGAAAGCCGAUAUCAUUUAGGUGUCAAAAGAAUUUAACCACAUAGGGUCCUUGAUCAAGAGAUGAAGUACAAUAGGAUCAAUAGAAAGUCAGAGGGUCUCUGAACCCUCAUUGAUUGAGAUAAAUGAUGUUUUCAUCAUCGAGAUAACUCAGAGAGACUGACUUUUUAUAAAGUUAAAGGUACUAAUUAGGUGCUCAACAAAUUGCGUUUAUUGUACAUGCAUAAUACUUUGCAGAAAAGUGUACACUGUAUUUAAAACUCUCAAAAGAAAUAGUAAUUAAGUAUUAAUUAAGUACUAAUUAACUACUGAUGUAGACAAUAAGAAGCGAUAUCAAAACCCAACUCUAUCAUCCUAAUUUUUUGACAACGCGUUAGUAAAAGCCUCGAACAAUAAGAAUACUUUAAGAUGGCAGCUUAUUUUAUGUAAUAUUGCAUCGCAAGAUAUGACAAAGAGUGUCAUCAUGUGGAUGUUUACGUGGUUGUUCUUAUCAUGCAUAGUAACCAUUUCUGUUAUAGUUGCAAGACAUCCAGGUAAUUAAUAGUUCUAAAUCUUGUUGUAGCAGUUGCUGCACACGAUGAGGGUUGUUUUAAGAUUGAUGAGCUGUCUUUUGGUAUUUACCUCGCUUCGUAAGUUGAAAGGAGCCAAAGCUGGUAACAUGACAAGACCAAACGCACACGUUAUCCCGCCAGCUGACAAAGACUGUGUUGGUUACGACCUCGACGGAAAAAUCUAUAACCUAGCAGCUCUUGAAAGAAAGGACGCAAAGCCGAGGUAUUACUUCAGGCAUUGUAUACUGAUAAGAAUAGAAAAUCCAAUAUGCAAAGUUGGUCUAACUGCAAUCCACAAAGAUUAGCAUGAUCUUACUGUUUAUUUACCACUGAUACUAGAACAUUCAAACUGUCAGGAAGUGUCUACGAUUAGGGAUUGAAAACAAGGAAGUGGACCGAAAUAAAAAUAGAAAGAACACAUUGUGCUGUCUUGGAAAAUUACACAUAAUUCACAUGACAGCACUUAGUCUUUGAGACGUAUAAAGAAAGUCGAAAGUUUCAAUGCUUCAGUAAAUAAUUCACUGGACCUCGAGAUUAGAGGUAUUAUAAUAUUAAACACCAAGGUCAAGAAUGAGCAUAACUAAAACUUUAUAUUUUGCUGCUUAAAGUAAAAAUUAUACUGGGAAACUGAAAUAUGAAAAAUGAGUGGACGGAUGUUCUCUUCACAUUUAAGUUAGUUGUGCCCCUACCAUUUUGAUCUACGGUAUUUCGCUACACCAACAUGUAUCACUUGCAUUUGUCCAACAGGUUCUGGGUGGUUUCAGGUGAUUGGAACUAUACUUAUAAUCCCUGCAGACCAUUCUCUCAAGGGACCAAACAAACAAGUGACUGUUUCGGAGAUGUGGCUGUAAGUUGUUUAACUUGCUAUAGUAACAGAAAACUUUGUUUUGAAAACAUUGCUCAGGUCUCGUGGUUCCACUUGAGUUUUGACCGUGUUGACGUUAUUUGUCAUGGUCGAUAAGAGUAUAGAACAUGGUCCAUUUUACUCUUUAAAAAAGGGCUAGCGCUUAACAUUCUAGCUUUUCAUUCGUUUGACAGUGAUAAUUUGACUUACUAAUAAUCGACUCAUGUGAUAAAACUAAAUUUUUGAGGAAGGUUCAAUGAGUACAGGGGGACGUUUACCAUACUAAUACAUCAUACCAAUACAGACAAAUCUGAAAGAUGGUUUUCUUUUCUCCUAAUCAGGUUUGCAUGGGUACUGUAAACAAAGCACGGUAUCAACUGAUUGGUACGCAAAGCUCAUUUCAUUAUGGUUUCAAUAAAGAGACGAACACACCACAGCUUGUCUAUACCAAUACAGAGUAAGUUGUUGCGUUUCUUUCUUUUUAUUAGAUUAAACCCAGGCCUACUUCUGAUUUGUUAGGUUCAGUAAUCCUCGGCCACAAACUUUGUUUCAAGUAUCCCUUUUGACACCCCAUUAAAUGCGGAGCCGUUUGUCUGAAUAAUCAUUUUAGUUGAACUCGCACAAGUUGAGCGUAACUACGUCUUAUACAUGAUGAUAAAUAUGAUAUAUGCGUUAUUUACAAAGUCUGAGGUCAUAAUGGCUAGAUAUCGGCCAAGUUCCUUUUUGGCGUAUUUUUAGCCUGCUUGAAAGGCACUUUAUGAGCCAAGCGAAGCCAAGGGGCAUUUCGCGCGAAGGCCUCUGACGCCAUUUUCGCCUUGCUUAGCUCAUAUUAGCUUUUGGUCCGAGAAAAAGCCAAGGGUAUUCAAAACGGCUGAGGAAUGAAAACGAACGAGACCAUCCUACAAUCUUACCGAACAAGCUCAAUAAACGGACCAUAGGAAGUAAGCUUUUCCUGCAUGGCCAAAGGGAGCAGUUAGGAAUGGGCAAGCUUUGCCAAUCUUGCGUGCUCAAACAUUCAAUCAGAACACGGGAUUAGCUUCAUCUCGCCCGUUCGCAAAACAGGACAUUAAUUUUCAAGUUACCUAAUAUAUCUUGUGUAUUUAAAGGUCUUUUCCGAAUCGAAAAGUUAUAGUCGACCUCAAGUGCGACCCAUCAAAGAAAACACCCGAGGAAGCACUUUUCGAGUAUAUCAGUGAUACUAAAGGAAUUUGGGUAAGUGAAACUGGUAUAUAGCUAUUAAAUGAAAUGUAAAUAAGAACUACACACUACUUUUCUACACUGUCUAUGGUCGUUUUCUAGCGAUUGCAUCAAGGACGUCUUAAAGUGUUUUUGAACAGAACUGAACGGCCACUGUGUUUCCCCGUCCACACCUACCCUUUUUUGUUUGCAUUUUUGCCCCCUGUUUCACGUUUUGUCCUGUGAAAUGAACGUUAAUGGAAGCCUCUCUUUACAAAACUGACUCAGGAAAGUAGAUCAGUUUUGAAUUUUACUUGUGUGGAGGGAUGAAUGGAGUGUAUUAAAGAAACGACUACACCGCACUAUCUCACGCACAAGACACGACUAAAAUUGAACAUGAGGAACAAACUCAUUCUUAUUGUAGUCAGUGUUACGUAUCGUUAUUCUUAGCCUUAUUAAAUCCCUCGAGUUAAGCGGUUUGCUUUGUAAAAUAUUAAAGCUGAUCAUACCUCAUAUAAUUAGCCUACGUUCCAAUUUCUGUGUUGGAUACGAAUUCAAUAGAGAGGGAAUCUUGUUUCUAUAAAUCAGUCUCAGGCCUGCAAGGUUGCGAACUUGCUUUACUUUUAAAGACUUGUAGUCUACGAAGUUUCCUAUUGGGUUCACUUUCGGUUUUGAGGAUUGGAAACAUUAAAUGAACAAACAAGUAAACAAUCGACAGGUUCGGGCUAUUGAAGACAUGUCAUUGAAACUCAUUCUCGAGGAUUGCAAUUGGAAUUGGGAAUACCAAACGUUCUGGUUAGAUUAAUCUUCGAUACUUAAAUACAGAUGAGCGUUGACGUUGCCAUAAGCGUCCUGUUGGCACUCAAGUCUAUUUUUGUCUUUUUUUAUUUGUAGAGAUUUUUACUGACUAGUAUUUGUUCAUGUCCUGAUGGUUGUCCAAGCGAUCCAGACGACCCGUCAUCCCAAACAGGUACUUUAAUUCUACACUGAAACCUACAUAAGCCACACGAUACUCAGUACAAUGGCAAUAACAUCAUGCAGUAGACCUUACUAAGGCCUAGGCCAAUCGUCAAACUUUUCAUGAGAAGAACCAAACUUAGUGAGUUUGGAGUCCCCAGGGUAAACGUCGAUCUUCGCAUGCGACGAACUAAACUCCUGCAUCAAAGUUUUGUAUGAUAAGGCAUUUUUAGCCUCGUUCGGGAGAAAUUUUUUUUACUGAUUUAUUACUGAUUCAGUUGAUUGGUUUGACCCUUGUUAAGUUCGACGUCUGACUCAACAGACGAUCUUAACUUAAUUUUGGUUGAUCCAAAUGAGAGUUUGGUUCGUCUCAUGAAAAGUACGACCCUUGGCCUAGGACUAACUUAGGUUAAUUGUUCUCCCAUUUGACGGGUUUUUGUUACUCAAGGGAACUGUGCUUUCAAAGUUCGUCACAUAAACUUGUAUACAACUGUAUCCUUGCGUAAUCCAUGAAAAGAAAUUUUAAGUAAUUCCCCUGAGAACGUUAAAUGACCUACGUGGAGCAGCAACUGCAAAGGACGGUUGAAGAAAAAAGCCUUUGGAGCCGAUCUUAAGACUAUUUUUCCUUAUUUUCAGGUGGUGGUGUAAAUAAGCUGGAGUACAUCAUACCAUUAGGUGCUUUAUCAGGUAUUAUUCUUGUUGUUCCAGCGCUUUACUACCGCAAGCGCAUCUGGCGGUAUAUUAGGAGAAGGCCAGCUGAAGAAGACGACGACGAAAGGCAACCUGUUAUUCAUGGAAAUGGUGUAGAGGACUAUGGAGCUCGCCCCGAAGAUCUGCAGAAUGCACCUUGCCCGCCUGGAGGUAGUUCGGGUAGUAAUAAUCCAAGAGAUAACAUAAAUAAUGAACUUAGCAGAGCAAGACACGGAAAUAUAGAGAGGUGCUAGGUGCCUUGGCUUGACAAGUAAUGCCUCUUUUCUGUGUGGGAAUACGAACUCAAUAGAGAGGGAAUCUUGUUUUUAUAAAUCAGUUUCAGGCCUGCAAGGUUGCGAACUUGCAAUUGUCUACGUUUCCUAUUGGGAGCGGGAAAUAAAAAAACCCUUAUUUGCAAGACUAACUUGCUCUGUUAGCUUAGCAUGCACGAGAUGCAGUUUUAUUGCGGCGAGACUAUUAAGUUUAUUUUUAAGAGCCAGAUUGGACGAAUUCACCUUAGAGGCGCUAAUAAAAUAGCCUCAGCCAGAGAUAACGUUAUUACGAUGACAAUAUCACACACACAAAAAAAUACUUUUACGAAUGUACAUAUAAAGAAAUGUCGUUGUUUUACAAUGUUAACUUCCUCGGUUUUUUUUAUACUGGCAGUUAUCAGAUAGCCUCUUUUGAACUAGCUGACUUCCAGUGAUAUUCAUCGUAUGAAAUUCCGGUUGCUCGACAACAUUGAUAAAACUUCCAACCUUUAUUGCCGAGGACUCAGUGAUGUACAUGGGUGUAUCAGCCCAAAAAAUUAAAAUGUAAGAUUAACAAACGUUUGCGUCUUUGCAAAAAAAUUAGAGGUAUUGUGUAGCUUAGUGACUGGAAUGAUGUUCUAAGUUUAAUUUCAUCUUUUUACAGUGCGACCACUGCAACCGGGGCCACGUAAACAAAUUUGACCAAUCGGAUAACAGGAACAUAACAAUACAAUCCAAGCAAGUUGGUUGUGGGUCAAUCAACAGCUCAUAAAAAAUAAUAACAAUAAUAAAAAAGCAAGUUAAUUACUCGGAGCACAAUAUUUAAUAUUGAUAGCAAACGUCUUUCAAGAAAGUAGAAAUUUCACCAGACAAUGUAUUUCUAUUCGAAACGUUACAUAUACCACCCAGUAAACAUAUUUGUUUGACAAAAGCUGAUAUUUUGUGGUCCCGGUUAUGGUAGUCGGACUGUAAUUAUAAUUCUAAUUAUUAAACCUGGUACUUGUUAUUCAAAUGUUGGGUAACACUCUUUGGAGAUAAAUCGCUAUUUUUAUUCUCCUGUAAGCGACCACUUAAGGUAUGGUUUAAUGAUCUCUAAUGAAUGCGAGUGAAAACAUGAAACUACACAGUCAUAUCGUAACUAUAUGAAAUUGCAUGUUCUUACCCUUUCUAGUGAGGACCUGCUGUUGCUCGAUCCCUAAAGCGACCACUAAAUCUUCCCUUUUAGGGCGAUCGCUAACGGGAGGUUUAACUGUAGUUGCUAUGACACGUAAUAACUGUAUUGUGGUUUAUCCGCUAGACAGUUCUAUCCAUCUACUGAUCGAGCAACUGGGGUCUGAUUUUACUCUUGGAUUACGCUUUGGAAAUAGCUAACUGACCAUCCUACAAACCAUUUUUAAACUUUAAUCAAAGUUUUGGUAAAUCUAUCAGUUGUAGCUAUUGUAAAUCUAUGGAACAUUUUCCUUUAAUGAAGAAGUGAUUGGUAAGAUAAAUUUCGUCAUCUACUUCUUAAUGACUUUUAAAAAACUUUCCAUCAUGUAGUUAAUACAGUGAUGGACAUUUUUACUUUGUUUCGUAGUGUUACGUACAUACUUUGUACUAAGGAUUUGAUUUUAGCUUUUUAUAAACAAUUUUAGUUUCUUAGGUUGAUGUACUUUUUGGCUUAUAGCUGCCAUGUCAGCGAGAACGUUUUAUCAAGAUUUCUCGCUUUAUGCGUAUAGUAAUUUGGCUAUUCCCUUCUGCCGAUAAAUGGGUUGAUUGAGAUGCUCACAUCGACGUAUUGAUACUAGUGAAAAUAGCCAGAGCAACUUCUAACAGGGAAAAGAAUGAGAAACCAUUGAAGCGUAGCAUAAACAGCUCCACGCGGAGGUAAACUGGGGUUAGAUAUGCGUGGUUGGUUUAACCCUGUCUCUUCUGGCAGUAGCCAGUAUGAAAAUUUGCCGCGAAAAAUCUGAAGUUUAAUUGUCUAAAAUACAGAAAAACGAAUAGUACCAUGCAAAUGUAGUGAUAGAGAGAUUUUACUAAUAUCAUAGACUCUUAAAUUUUUUUGCCACCAUAUCGGCUCUAGGUGUGAUUAAGGUGAAAGGACUGCUACAAAAAUAAGGGCUGUUCUAAAAGUUUACCUAUUAUUUUUACCCUUUGGUGGUACAUUCAGUAAUUCAAGUGUAUAUUAGAGUUUUAGUGUACAAUAGUUCUUAUCCCAAGAAACCAUGACCAAAUAAACCUUGCCGUACUGGAAUAGCCUCGUUUGUUUGUUGGACCCAAUGAGAAUGGCUAGCGGGUACAGAAUAGAGUACCGAUAGAAAGGGUGAGGCCAGAUAGAGCACAGGAUUGGCUUUCUCCUCCCCCCUCCUCCCCCCUCCUAUUUAUACCUGCCACCGGCGCAGGUUAUGCCAGAUUUCAAGGAGUGACUGCUUGUUAUAAAUCAGCCUGUUUCAUAUUCACGGUCUCGGCUUAGUUUUUUCUCCUUCUUUGUUAAAUUUACGAACGUAUGUAGUGGAAGUGAAGAAUGUUAAGUGAAUGGAGCUGAGUCUUCUCGCAGUUUAACAGACUUGCUACAAGUCGACCUCUCAUCUUUUCUUAAAAGCAACGAAGCGAGUAGGUAAAAAAACAAAUGAUUCAAAGAGUUACAGUUUUCGGCACCAUACUAAAAAUUAAGUGGAUCUGACAAUGCAUGCGCAGUUGGCGUGUCCAGAGUAAGGAACAAUACUUUGGCCAUGGGUUGGCUUUGCUAAAUCGUUGGACUCGCAGACGCCGACUGAUUGACAGAACCGUUCUUUAGUUUCACAGAUUUUUCUUUUUGUCUAAGCCUUGAUAAGAGAUUAGACAGUCAAGUGCAUCUCACCGUUAAGCAGUGCGUUUCUUUAAUUCAUCUUUUUCACUAGAAUGAAUGUGUCAGGUUUAUUGUCCCAUUUUCCUGAAAAAAGGUAAACCAAUUUUUCAGGACUAUAAAGUGCAUUUUGACACCAUCAUCGGUUAACCAUAAAAUCAACCCUAUUCCGUACCCCAAAUUAUUAUUUUUGUUGCGAAAGACCUGAUUAAAUUUCCAUUUUUUGUCAUUAUAAGGAAAUCAUCUCUCUUGGUCUUAGGACCGUGUUUUUUGAGGCCAGCAGCAGACACUUCUUUUUGCGUGUACAUUAGUAUCGGGGCUGUGAAAUACAUUACAUUUUUAUUUGAAAAAAUUAUCCCCCAAACGGUAAAGCAUAGUUACAUCGGUAAUUACUUCGUCAGUUUCCAGCCAUCCUUCAUUUAACUUUCUUUCCCCUUGCCUUGUCUUUUUCACAGUCUGUUUUGUUUUUGUCUUUACUCACGUUCGACAUUUUUUCAGGCUAGCCCCUACAGCAAUUGGGGCUUUGUUUGACCUCGCUUGUGCAGUUGACUAAGAAAAUUAUACUGGAACGUAAACGACAAUACCUGGUCACACUAGAGUAAGCUAGGUAAUGUUACACAUAAAAAAAAGACCGUACUUGAAUCAUGAAUUCUUCUCUUUGUUCACUAGUCACUUUUACGUAAAAAAAUGUGGGCAUACACGUGAAAACAUCUUCUUGAUGGGAGCCAGCAUUCACGAUAAAGGGACCACGCAUGAGCGGUCCUGUACCUUGAUGUAUAUUUUAUCCAGAGAAUUAGAAUAAUACCUUUUUUCUCAUUCCAAACGAAAUGUGACAUUUGUCGAAUCCCUCUCUCCCAAAGCCUCUCACGCGGUUUAUUUUGGCGAUAACUACUUUGGUACAGGCUCCGGUUAUUCAAAGUCUGAUGGAUAGCGCUAUUCGCCUGAUAAAUCACUAUCCGGUGGAUAAGUGUUUGCGAAACCAAUCUCGUUAUUCACUGGAUAGAGAGUUAUUUGGUGGAUUGCGUUAUCCGCUUUCCAACCUCUAGACGCAGCUCUUUCCAGUUUGGGGACCUGUCUGAAAGUUAGUAAUAUUAAUACGACCCCUUCUAGUCGCACUACAGGGCUUUACAAGCCCGACUUACUUGCCCACCCCUUGAAGUUAAAAGCAUCGACCUGGUCUUGCGUGACGAGAAACAUAAGUUGACAUUAUUGUCACGUGAUGCCCUAGUCUUUCCGAGAAACCGAACCGUACGAGUUAAUGUAGUCGAUUGUUCCAAGACCUUCCGAAUUGGCAGCAAGACAUUCAUGACCGAUUCGCAAAGCUUCCUUGUAGAAUGUAUAAACAAGAGGGACACAAAUACUGAAAGGAGAGAUAAAAGGAAAGUUAAGUUUUAGAAAGGUAAGAAAGAGGAAAGGAACUUUUUGUUCCAUGUGAUAUGUCUUGCCGUAUGCAUUCCAGUCAUAUAUGGCGGUGAUAAUUACGUAUUACUAAGUUGCUUUAUCCAAUUGUUGUUGGUAUUCAAUACUCCUGAGACGCACUAAGGGUCAACCACCCAUUUUUCAUCGUUUGAAGUAAAACGCAUCACGAUCUUAGACUAAGAAGGCAAUGUUACUUUAAAAGUAGGCAUUAAGUAUGAUAUGGAGGUCACUACACUAGUUUUCCGCUCAUUGGGGUCGUGUUACAGUCUUUUCUGGAUAUUUUAGUGUUACAUUUACUAUAUUUAGUGAUGUGUAAUUUCGAUUCUUCACGGGAUCACAAUGUUUUUUCCCUAUAAACACUAGUGUUGAAAACCGACCCGGGAAACCAGCCAUUCAAUUCGUGUUCGCCUUGUUUUCCUAUGUCGACAGUAAGCUUGUAGCGGAGCUCCGUAAGCAAACCCCUACAAUAUAACAUCAUCAAAUUUUCACUUGACCGCUGGUCACUGACUGACCAUCCGUCCACUAUAUUUGAACCAACUUGUACUGUCACGCCCAACCAAACGAGAAAAUUAGGACACGCUGUCGUCCUUUUGUUAAGUGGCAUAUGCCAAUCACAUCAAAGUGUAGCUGUCGAAAUUGUUAAGGAACACUUGUGGAAGGCAGGAGACCGGCCGCAGGCUGUCUGGAGGAUUGCACAGUUAACGAGAUUACACCCAGUGGGAAGAGUUUUGUAAAACUGAAGAAUAAAUGAUAAAACAUGGCUUUGAACAUUUGGCAAUUUCGAACUAGUAACUUAAGUUUCUAUUCCAUGAUAAGCAAUUGGCUGUAUCUUACUGUUUCAGUCAAGUAGAGCUUGAUUUGACUGUCAAGUAAUGUAAACUAACUAUGAGAGUAUAUCUCUUUUUAGCGUUUGCAACAGUAUGCAACGGAUGUGUUGGGUUAGAAGAUUUGAAUACGCAGCUGUCUUGUUUACCUUUCUUCUAUUUCAACUAGCUGUCGGAAACGAGAUAUCCGAGCCAGACCAGGGCCAAUCAUAUAUAUGCUCCUGCAUCGUAGACGACAAAAUUUAUAACCUUGCCCCACUAAAAAGCCGGGAUGGAUCACCAAGGUUCGUAAAGCAGCUCUUGUACAUGAAAAGCCGUUCCUUGUGGUCUUGGUUUUCCGACUAUAAUUUAAGGGUGCGUAAAGUUUGACGCAGUUCAAUUGUUGCUACACCCUUUCCCCUAGGCUUACCCUUGACAUUACUGAGACCUUAUUUGUAUCUGUGCUUAAUGACGAACAACAGUUGAAUUAUGAAUCCGGAUAAUUGUAGCGGCGUGUUAGUUUAAAAAUGGGCAGAGAAAGAUUUAUCAAGGUCAAGGCGUUUGUUAAUCUAAAACGACAAGCAGCGAACCAAGCGAGUCUAAAAGUUCAUGCCGUCUUUACACGAGACGCAGAAAACAUUACACCAUAACUUUAACCCUUACUCUCAGUGCUAACGCUUGAUUCAGGUGAGUCAUGUGUACGUGGUCCCAUUAACACUCUUUGUCAUAAAGUUCCUAGAGAAAAAGAGAAAUGAUAUGUUUCAGUAAGGUCCAAUUUACCUUUACUAAGGACUUUUUGUUAUUCCAGCAGGUUUAAUGCUUCAGGAUCAGAUAAAUAUAUGUAUAGCUACAAUCCAUGUCAAACGUUCGGGCUUGGACCGCCUAGUAACAACAGCUGUUAUUUUAGAGACGUAGCUGUAAGUUGUUUUGAUUACUUUUCGAUGAUGUGACCCGAGUAAAAAUCAUAAAACACUUUUAGUCGUUGGUAAGGAGGAAGGAUGAGCACAUUUGGUUAGUGCGCGGCCUUCUGUGCGGGUGAUCCUGAGUUCGAUCAUAGGCGUGACCACAAAUCCUUUUUUCGACUCUUCUUUCUGUUUACGUGGAGGUCGUGGACCCCAGGUAGGUGGGGUAACCCGCUUAGGUGGCGUAACCCGGAUUUCCAUAUAAUCUCUCAUUUUAGUUUGAUCCCGUUUACAUGAUAGGUGGGGUGACCUGCCGCUGGUUACCUCACCUACCUGGCAUCCCCUAUAUAAAUGUAAGCGGGCCCUUAGUCAGAGGACUAUUUCGAGCUACCGACGUAAAAUGAAGACUCGUUACCUUUGUUUUACUUUGCAUAUUUUUAGGACAAUUAGGACCAAUUAGACUUCAUUCAAAUCUUGCGUGAGAAUACUCAACUUCUGACUAGGGUUUUCUACGUUUUCUUUUCAGAUUUGUCGCUGGAACAGAAGGGCAUCAAAAUUCCAAAAUAUUGGAAAGCAGUCCACGGCAAGUUGUGGUUUCAAUACGGAUACCAGGUCACCACAGCUGUUAUACCAAAACUCAAAGUAUGUCUAAAGACAUGGGUGCAUAUGAGGCCCAAAUCUAUGUUUUCAACGUAUCGGUGGGGGAAAAUAGAAGAAAGCAAGUGGGAAAUGUUUUGGAAUUUAACAGUGACUGUCCAUACUUGAUACAGGGUAUAAGAACAUGUACUGACUGGGUUAACCGUUGCUAUAGCGACCCUACUACGUCUUACACUUAACAGUAGCGAAAUCUUGAACAUUACAAUUUAUGUUGGCCCUUAAAAAUUAAUUGCUAAUUGAAAUCUUUGCUUUCCAGGUUGUACCCCUCUUUAACAGCCACAAUUAACUUCAAGUGCGAUCCGUCUCUCAAAAGAAUAAAAGAUGCUAAGUUCGAAAUAAUUCAUGAUAACUGGCCCGCGGCCAUGGUAAGUCGUAUAUCAGUUCAAAACAUUUGAGGAAAAAAUGCUUUUAUUUUUGGUAUGGACAGCCUCUUUAUACAGAAAGAUUCCCUAGGACGUUCACGAACUUAGAACAAUGGAUUACUUUUAAUUGGCUUUGUAGAAUUGGAGUUACCAGACAGCACUUUUGCCCCUUCGUUUGCAUUUUGUUAUUUUUUUCCAAAGUGCCAAAAACAAAAGAUUUUCAUCAACAAAGUAAUCUAUAAAGUUACUAGAUGAAAGAACGAGCUCCAGUGCUCGCUUUCGAAAAAAUGGAUAGAGGUAAUUUGGAAAUGGCUCAAAUCUUUCCUUUCUGUGUUAAAAUCCGAGAGCAUUUCCAGUGGAUGCAACGUUACAACACUGAAUUUCAAGAAACUAAUAAACACUCCUUGAGUGUUUCCGUAGCUCCGUGGGGAGAGUGCCUGAUUGAUGUUUGGGAAAUCAUAAGUUUGAAUCCCGUCGGGGACUCAAGAUUAUAUUGUCCUCCCGUGUCCUAUUUCCUUGAAAUGAGGAUAAUGUUAAUUACAGAUUAGCCAUCGUUCUUUAUCCGUCACCAUAAAGUUCGUGCGUGAAAUGUGUCUUGUUCUUUACAAACAUCAGCGGAUAAAGUACCCUGCUAGCUAGUGUGAUUAUUAAAUUGAUUAAGCCAGUUUACCACAUUAAUCAGUCUGAAAAAUGUAAUAUUUUUCUCAUGUGAAGAUCUCUUUUAUCUAAGAAACAUAGUCACUGGUCAUGUGGCUGAAAUCACUGUAUUGAUCGUGUGGUUUACUCUCUAGACAUUUCAAGUGACCCACAAGUGCGCAUGCCCUAAUGGCUGUCAACCAUGUAAGGUGUUGAUGAUAUCUGACACGAAUACUUUAUAUCAUGUUGUAUUUUUAAAAAUAACGCCUUAAGAGUCUCAUUUUUUUAACUUGUGAUCUUCAAAGCACUUCAGACAUAUUUCGCUUUUAGUUUUCUUUCCCUACUGACAAAUAGGCAUUUCCCUCCCCCUUACUUUUUCAGCUCGACUAACUGAUGAGCAAAUCUACAUAAUAUUUGGUACUCUGUCUGUUGUUGCCAUUGCUGGACCCUUGAUUGUCUACUUUUGUACCAAAAGGUACGAUCGUCACCAGCAGCAGCCUCUCCACCGUGAGCAGAACGGAGCUGAUAACGAUGGAAGGCGUCAUGGAAGAAACGACGAUUUUGAUGACUGUAGAGAUAACGUAGUCCCCGAUCACUUUGAGCACCAGGAGGAAGAAGACGACGAAGUUAACUUUCACAACAAAUUCUGUGCCACUUCUAACGAGGGAGCGGCAAUUGCGAAUGAUAAUAAUUUAAAUUCUUUAAUAAGAAGUCAGAGAUCAUACAGCAACAUCUCCAGGGCUAACAAAGAUGAUUUUAACAUCAGGAGCAAGAAACAUUACUACAAGCAAUAACGUCUUGACGUUAGUUGAGGUAUUAUUACGUCAAGCCGUAAAUAGUCAAAUGCUUUUCUCCUUCUCUCGUAAAGUAGCAUUUUUUUAAAUCCCCGCGAAGAGUUUUGGAUUGUUUUGACUUGGAAAAUUAUAAGGACGAGCGAACAAUAGAAUCGUUUGAACACAACAAAAUAUAUAAAAAUACAUAGUAGAGUGGAAGCUUCAGUAUCACUUUAAUACGUACAAACAAAGAGAAUACGUAAAGCACCUUUCACAAUGGGUCAGAUACGUAUUACAACAAUGAGGACUAUGAAUGGGUAAACACGUAAAGUCAGGAAUAAAAGGAAGCG